CUCCCCGUUGCCUGAACUUCUGAAGCUCACUUUACUUCCUCCCACGCCAUCAAACCCCGUCGAGCUCUCCAACCACAAGUUCCGUGCCUUCUCAGAUCCUCUUCAAUUUCCCCCACAAUCACUGCAUAAUACGAUGACGUCGAUAGGAACAGGCUACGAUCUUGCCAACUCCAUCUUCUCGCCCGACGGCCGCAAUUUCCAGGUAGAAUACGCAGUCAAGGCAGUGGAGAAUGGGGGCACCUCUGUCGGCAUCCGGUGUAAGAACGGCGUCGUUCUCGCCGUCGAGAAGAUCAUCGCAUCAAAACUGCUGAAGGCCGGAGCGAACAAGCGGAUUGCCACGGUAGACAGGCAUCUCGGUGUUGUGUACUCCGGCAUGGUUCCCGAUGGCCGACACUUUGUCGACCGCGCCCGCGACGAGGCGCGGUCGUGGCGCGAUAACUUCAAGACCCCGAUCGGUACGGCCGACCUCGCGAGUAGGAUGGGCGGCUACAUGCAGGCCUACACGCUGUACCAGUCUGUGCGACCGUUCGGCAUCACGGCCAUCGUCGGGGGCUUCGACAGCGAGCUGGAGACGCCGGUGGACGGGGAGGUCGGGCGGGGCCCGUCGGUCGGCGCGGGCGGCAAGUUGGAGGGCCAGAAGCACGGCGGGCCGUUCCUGUAUAUGAUCGAGCCGUCGGGCCUGUACUGGGGCUACUACGGCGCCGCGACGGGCAAGGGCCGCCAGGCGGCUAAGGCGGAGCUGGAGAAGCUGGACCUCGCCGCCGGCGAGCUGUCGCUGGAGCAGGCCGUCAAGGAGGCGGCGCGCAUCAUCUACGUCGCCCACGACGACAACAAGGACAAGGAGUUCGAGCUCGAGAUGAGCUGGGUCAGCGACGCCGCCGGCCCGACCAAGGGCCGGCACGAGGAGGUGCCCAGGGCCCUGAGGGAGGAGGCCGAGAGGCUGGCGAAGAAGGCGCUCGAGGGAGACGAUGACGAUGACGAGGGGAAGAAGGACGAUGACAAGAUGGAGGAUUGAGGCGGAGAUACUCAGUGAAUGGAAGAAAGGGCCGAAAAGCGGGCGACGAGUGUACUUGUAUCAUCAUGGCGGCCACGGAUGGGUUUUACGAAGGGAAGAUCCAUAGAAAGUAAUUGCCAUUUGGACCGCGGACGGAUUGCCAGGUCCUUUCUAUGCAGAGAUUCGCGAGGUACCGUGCUUGCUGCUAACCUAUCUACUUCAUUGCAUGUCUCGCUCCGGUUUAGAAAGAGUAUGGAAGUAUUCUAUGGAAUUGCAC